AUGGCCGGGGCAGGGGGCUCAGCGCGGCGGCUGCUCCGGCCCCGCCGGCAGCGGGGCGGCGUGGUGGGCGGGGCCGCGCGGCCGGGGGGCCCGUGGGGGAUGCGGGGCGGGCGCGGCGGGAGGGGCCGGGGACAGGCCGGGGUCACUGGGCGCGGGGGACACCCGCAGCCGGCAACGCGCAGGGGUGUCGGGGGCCCUGGGGAAGGGCCGGGGAGUGAGCCACAAAUCCCCCCCUGCCGGGAUGGAAACCCGCCUGCACCCGCACCCCAGACGCUGCAGAUCAGGCUGGAGGCACCGGGAGAGCAUCUGGCCUGUCUGCAAAAAGCUGAGGAGGAGCGGCAAAGUGCAGAGCUGCUGAAACAGACUGAAGCCGAGAGGCAGAAGAUCGUUGCGGAGUGGAAGGAGCUGCGAGAGUUUCUGGAGGAGCAGGAGCAGCUCCUGCUGUCCCAGCUGGAGGAGCUAGCCAGAGCCAUUGUCAGGAGAAGGGACGAGGGCGUCUCCAGACCGUCCGGGGAGAUUUCCCUGAUCGGAGAGGAGGGGCAGCAGCAGUCGAGGAGCCAAUCCCCGCAGGGUGCUGGACACACUGAGAGCAGCAGGGAGGAUGGGCCGUUUCAGAAGCCAGAGCCGGGGUUUGCGUAGAGCUGGAG